GAGAGAUAGGUUGGGGAGAGGCUUGUAGUUUGACGGACCAGGUAAAGGAGAUCUUGAUGUGGUUCUCGUCGACGGGGAAGCGCAGAUCCAACAGCUCCAGCUGCCCAUAGUAGCGGUAGAGUAGAUCGCGUCCAGCGGCACUGUCCUUGCCGGCACCUCGCAUGUCCUGGCGCAGCCGGUUGAGCGCGGCGCAUUCGUCGGCGUAUCGCUCGGGGUCGUCGCCAUAGGUGUUGCGGAUAUAUUGCUUGAGCGGAGCAAUCCAGUCUAUCUCGUUUGUUGCCUUGAGCGGGCAUGACAGCAUCGGUGUCUGCAUCAUGUCGUGGUGCUUGUCUUGGGUGCCUGGAGCUGGCCGCUAUAGCAUGGCCACGCGGGUGGGGUCGUCGAUCGCUCUUGCCGUUGUUGUUGUUGCUGCUGCUGUUGUUGCCGUUGCCAGAUGUUCGCUGCUGGCUCCUGCCUUUUUGUACUUCGCUUCCUUGCCUGUGCAAUCGACAGAGGUCAAACGGCCCAAUUAUGUACUCGAGUGUGCAAGAGAUGCAGCUGCAUGGCUAAUCGAUCACAAGAAACACGCCUCGAUCACGACAAGUGCCCGAUCGUCAUCAUCCCGCCUCCAAGCUUCCCGCGCGAACAUCAAUCUGACACAUCUGCCAUACCCUGAUCAUACCCAACCACUUCAACAUAUAUUGUCCCACAUCACUCAUGAAGAGGAGAGUCUAUAAUCAUUUCGUCUAUACACAUCAUGCAUUUCCAUCCUUGCGGCCCAAGUCACAUUCCAGCAGGACUAUCGCUCUUGC